AUGGCAACUUCUGAGUCAUCUUCUUCACUUAGAUCACUGGGAAGGACCGUAGUCUUAGCACUAUAUGUAGCUUCCUUGAUACCAUUCAUUCACAGCACUACAGGAUCCCACUUUACAUCCAUCUUUAGCUUUGGUGACUCCCUUGCUGAUACCGGAAACUUGUACUUCAACUCCCAACCACCAUGGUCCCAUUAUUGCUUCUUCCCUCCCUUUGGCCAAUCUUACUUCGGUCACCCCACCGGAAGGUGCUCUGAUGGCCGUCUUAUCAUCGACUUUAUCGCUGAGUCUCUAGGGAUGGAACUACUGAAACCGUAUCUGGCAAUCAAGAAGGGAGAAAUGAAAAAUUGGAAGGGAGAAGGAGGAGUGAACUUCGCAGUUGCAGGAGCAACGGCUUUGGAUGCAGAUUUCUUUGAAGAAAAGGGAAUUCCUAGUUUUCUCACCAGUAAUUCUCUAAGCAUUCAAUUACGUUGGCUCAAAGAGUUAUUGCGUAUUCUUUGCAAUUCUUCUUCAAGCUGUAAUAAAGUUCUUGAGAAGUCAUUAUUUGUGGUAGGAGAAAUUGGAGGCAAUGACUUUAAUAAACCUCUUGUUGCGCGAAGAAGUCUAGAAGAGAUUACAAGUUUCGUAUCUCAUGUUAUUAAUGCAAUAUCUUCAGCAAUAAGUUUGAUUGAUGUAGGGGCUAAAACCCUAAUCGUUCCGGGAAAUUUUCCAAUAGGGUGCAUUCCAUCGUACUUAACAAUGUAUGCGAGCAAAGAUAAGAAUGAGUACGAUGAAGCUGGCUGCUUGAAGUGGUUAAACAAUUUUGCCGAGUACUACAAUGAGAGGCUCCAAGCUAAACUAAAUCAGCUUCAAUUGCUUCAUCCUCAUGCCAAAAUUAGUUAUGCUGAUUACUACAGUUCUGCUUUGCCACUAUAUCAUUUUCCCACCAAUUUUGGUUUUUCAGGUCUUAAAGCUUGUUGUGGAAGUGAAGGUCCAUAUAAUUUCAAUGCUUCAUUAGGAAAAUAUGGGGAAGAAGGAGUGAAAGCCUGUGAUGAUCCUUCAAAAUACAUUAGCUGGGAUGGUAUUCAUAUGACAGAAGCAGCACAUAGAUGGAUUAUCAAAGGCUUAUUAUCAAAUAAUGGACACUGCCACAAUGUUGCUGAUGACGAACUUGAUACCUUAUUAGAUCCGAUGAAUAAUGUUAAAUCUGAAUGUAAUUUCAAUAGCCAGCUUGAGUCUGUUUCAAACGAUUUAGCUUGUCUAGCUUAA